UUCCCUAGUGGCUGCAUGGUUUCGACUGGCAACAUGUGGAUUUUGGAAAAAAACACACCACAGCAGCCCAGAGGCCUAAAACAGCGUGUCAUCAGUGCCCUGCUGUACUGCACUGGAGAAAUGAAACAAUUACAUACUCACAUGAAGGAUAAAUCCUUCCUGCUGCAGUUCUCUGAGUGGUGUUUACGUGGGAUCUCACGGGUGAUUCUGCUAAACAACCCCCUGAGUGGAGCUCUGAUUCUAGCUGCAUUACUGCUGGAGAGCCCCUGGCAGGCUCUGCUGGGGAUGCUCGGCCUUUUGGCCUCCACCCUCACAGCUAUAAUCCUGGGACAGGACUGGGAGGAGGUUUCCAGUGGCCUUUAUGGUUUUAAUGGAAUGCUAGUGGCUCUGCUGAUGGGCGUGUUCAGCUCUGCUGGAGAUUGGUACUGGUGGCUUCUGCUGCCUGUUUGUCUUGGUGGAGCUACAACAACUUUUAUUUCCAGUAGUUUGGCUCCAGUUCUGGAACGCUGGGAUUUACCAGUUAGCGUCUUCCCUUUUAACACAGUCAUCGUGCUGUAUUUGGCCUGUACUGGCACUUCUAACCCCUAUUUCCCAAACUAUCCUGCUCAGCCACCAGGGGCACCAGAGAGCACCAACCACACCCAACUCCAUGUUCCACAGCUCCUGCAGGGGGUGGUGCUGGGCGUAGGGCAGAUCUUUGCAUGUGAGACUCUAGGCCCAUCUCUGCUAAUCCUGGGUGCUGUUUUCCUCUUUUCACCUGUUCUGGCAGUCCAUGCCCUCCUGGGAUCUGUCAUUAGCACUGUGGCAGGUAUGUCUAUGUCAGUGCAGUACAGCUUUCUGUACUCUGGCCUCUCAGGGUUUAAUGGUGCUCUGGGUUGCAUGGUCGUGGGGGCAUUUUUCUUAUUUAGUUGGAGAACCCAUCUCUUAUCUAUUGCAAAUGCCUUACUUUCAGCUUACACAGACAUUGCCUUGAGCAACCUGCUAGGAGUUGUGGGUCUCCCAGCAAGCAGUUGGGCUGCAACUUUGACAGGCACUCUUGUGCUGUUGCUGACAGGGGAAAACUUCAAAGAAUACAGAAUCCCUACUGGAAAAGUAACCUCACCAGAACAUAACUUGCGCUUACACAAGCAAUGGUCUGUGGCCAAUACGAAUACAACUGAUGUAUAGUGUUUACAUAAAUUCAUAUACCCUUAUAAGUAAAAAUACCACUGUGACAGCAGAUUAUUUAAAAAAAAAAAUACAUACAAAAAUACUACAAAUUUAUUUUAUACAGCAUGGAUUCAAUUUAUCAAAAGUGACAGUAAAGACUUUUAUAAUGUUACAAAAUAUUUUUAUUUCAUAUAAAUGUAUAUUCAUCAAAAAUAUUGAAAAAAUGUAUCACGGUUUUCACAUAAAUAUUAAGCAGCGCAACUAUUUUCAACAUCAAUUAUGAUAAUAAUAAUAAUAAUAAUAAUACAUGUUUCUUGAGCAACAAAUCAGCAUAUUAGAAUGAUUUCUGAAGGAUCAUGUGACACUGAAGACUGGAGUAAUGAUGCUGAAAAAUUCAGCUUUGCCAUCACAAAAAAAUGACUUUAAAAAAUAUUAAAAUAGAAAAAAAAAUGUAAUUGUAAUAAUAUUUCAUAUUAUCGUUUUUAUGUAUUUGCAUUUUAAAUCCAUACAAAAUCUGACACUAUUAACUUUUGAACGUUAGUGUGUUUGUGUGUAUAUAUGUACAAAAACAAGAGACAUUUUGCCAGAAAGGAAAGAUUUUAAUGAUGCUGUAAACACGUUUUAUUCCAUUAUUACAAAACCUGCAGUUGUACUGUACCAUAAUCCUUAAAAACAUUAAAUGCAAACAAUUCAACAUUAAAUAUUACUACCUAAGCUUAGAUUUUUCAUUGUAUAUAUCACAAUUCCAACAUUAAAACCUGCAGAAAUAGUGAAA